GUGUGUGAAAUCGUGCAAUGCUUCACUUUCCGUAAUAAGUUCUGUUACGCCACAGUCGAAGGCCACGUAGAGAUUGUUGUAUCAGCGCUGCGAUGGAGAAGAACGAAAUCUUGGCGACAAUAACUACAAUUCUGUCUCUUUUUGGUACGCUUUUCAUCAUCGUCUCUUUCUUUCUAUGGAAGGACAUUCGAACUACAUCAAGGAGAAUUCUGGUUUACAUCUCCAUCGCAGACUUUCUCACAUGUGUUGCAACAAUCGCUGCUAUAACAAAUUUUUGGUUGUCAAGAACUGAAAACAAAGAGGUCUGUUUCGUCCAAAGUAUCAUUGGAACUUUUUCUGUGCUGUGUUCUUUCUUCUGGACAGUUUCUUUGGCGUUGCAUCUGUACAUUUCUGUUUGCUGGAAGAAUUCCAGACUAGCUGAGCGUUUGUUGUACUUAUUUCACGUGUUUGGCUGGGGAAUUCCAGCAAUAAUUGUGACUGUCGCAGCGUCGACUCAUAAACUGGGAGACAACGGCAACAAAGUCUCAGCAGGAUGGUGUUGGAUCAACAUAAAGUUGAGCUGGUACGAGCAAAUCGAAUGGAUGCUAUUGGCAGGAAAAUUGUGGGAAAUAAUGGCAUUUUGUGCAAUAGUUGUACUUUAUGCCUUAGUCAAACGAAAUAUGAAGAAGGAGCUUCAUGAGAAAAACAGAGUAUUCACUGAAAGUACAGUGGCACAAGCUCAGAAGGCAGAAAGGAAACUGAUUUGUGUUCCCUUAUUAUUUGUGUUGUUGCGUGUUUGGGGAACUAUAAGAUUUCUCCUGAUGAUUUCACACCAUGAGUCACCAUUUUGGCUGCUCAUUCUACAGGGUAUUGGAGAUAAUGCCCCUGGAUUUGCAAACUUUCUUCUAUUUUGCUUUUUUACUGAAAAAUGUUUUGGUAAGUUUCGUCGCUGUUUCCAGUGUUGUACACCAUGUUUUGACUCAAGAUCUCCAACUGGAGUGAAACGCUCCAACUCACUUCAGGCAACUUAUGAUGUUGAUGGGACAAUAGGACAACCAAUCAUUCAUCAGCAUUCCAUAAAUAGAGAAACUGAUUGCUUGAAUGGGCAUCUUAAUACCACUGUUGAUUAUUCAUCAGUGAACUGCUGAAUGAAGAAAUUGCCCCCUGUGACUUUGCACUCAUGAAAAUCAGCUCACACAGUCAUUGGUUCACUAGUGUGAAAGUAUAUCUCACCAAAGUGGGAUGAAUAGCGGUGGAUAUUUAUUGAAUGGCAAAGUGGAGACAUACUUAUCCACCACUUUCAGGAACACCAAGUUGGAUUACUGGAUUAUUUAUAUUUACUACACAAAAAAGCAAAAAAUUAGUGCAUUACUUUUAGUAAAUGAAAAAAAUAGUUGGAAAUGAAUCUCUGGAAGCACAAUUUCAUCUCUUCAUCUCAAAGGGGGGGAGGUGGAUAGCACUUGGUGGUCUUGCUAAUCACUUUUGUGGCAGCAAAUCAGGGCUGAGUAUUCACCCAUGUGGUAAUAAAUCCUAAUAAGGAAAAAGUUACUUAGAAAAUAAUUUAUUGAAAAAGUAAAUCAAAUUUUCUCCACGAGAAGUGAAUGUCUAUUUUGGUGACAAAAAUAUAUGAUGGAUGUGUUAGAGUUAACUUUCUUUGAAAAGUAUAUUUAGGAAAUCUCUAUGAUAUUUCUUUAUUGUAACUAUUUUCUGUCAAUAAAAAAAUUCUAACAACUAUCAGAGGUAGAUUUUUUACAAGAAGUAUUACUCUAGCAGUACAUCUGUGCUACAUCCAUAUGGAUAAAGACUACCUGACAUUUACCAUAAUACUUAUUUGAGAAACUUUUCAUAUAGCACUACUAUUCAAUUUGCAUGUGAUGUGUCAGAGGAUAGUUUAAGGACGUC